AUGACGACUCUUAAAGUAUCUAGUCGCAUCCCCAAGAAGCCCAUCAAGAAGCUGCCCACGAGCAUUAAGAUCACAGAUAAGACCACAGUACAAGAUGUCAAGGAACAGCUUGCGAAGCCCGGUCACUGGGAUCCAGAGCGCUUGGGAAUCUACGACUCGUCGAAGAAGCUUCUCAAGGACCGAAAAGCGAUUAUGAGCCAGCAAGAGAGCGUAAUGGCCGAUGAAGAACUCCUAGUCAAAGACCUAGGCCCACAACUCUCCUGGACCACGGUCUUCGUAAUCGAAUACCUAGGCCCCAUCCUCAUCAACCUCGCCGUACCCCUCUUUCUGCGCCCAUACAUCUACCGCGCCGCGGCGCCGCUCUCACCCUCGCAAUACAUAGCCAUGGCAAUGAUCGUAGCGCAUUUCCUGAAGCGGGAGUACGAGACGCUAUAUGUGCAUCGCUUCAGUCUGGCCACGAUGCCGAUGUUCAACAUCUUCAAGAACUGCGGGCAUUAUUGGUUUCUCUCGGGCUUCAAUCUCGCGUACUGGAUUUAUGCCCCUAGUUCUUACACUUCCGAUUCGAGUCCUACGAUCGAUAAGCUGAAUAUUGUGGGGAUUGCGCUGUAUUUGUUUGGGGAGAUCAGUAACUUCCACACACAUGUCACGCUGUCGAAACUGCGGUCGAAGGGCGGUACUGAGAAGGGUAUUCCCAAGGGGUAUGGGUUUGAUUUGGUGACGUGCCCGAACUACUUCUUUGAGCUGAUUGCAUGGACGGGCGUACUGUUCGUGACGAGGAGCUGGGCGACGGUGUUGUUCAUGGGCGCUGCGUGGGGACAGAUGCAUUUGUGGGCUGUUAAGAAGGAAAAGGCGCUUAGGAAAGAGUUUCCGGAUACGUAUAAGAAGAAGAAGCAUGUCAUUGUGCCGUUUGUGGGUUAG